AUGAAUUGUCCUUUAAUUCGUCAUGAAGGGAAAGAACCAAACUCUCCACAUAAAAAUGCUGUGAAAUGUUGCGAGGAUUUACAGAAUUAUUCACAACAUAUUGACAAGCUAAUUGAGAAACAAACGUCAAAAGAAUUAGAGAAUAAUCGGUUGCGGCUCAAAACCUCAAUAGAGUGUGCUCGAUGGCUAGCAUUCCAAGCUUGUGCUUUUAGAGGUCAUGAUGAAAGCCUUGAUUCAAAAAAUAGAGGCAAUUUUAUUGAAUUGAUAAAAUUGACAUCAACUUUUAAUGACAAAGUAGCUAGUGUUGUCUUGGAAAAUGCUCCUGGAAAUGCCAAAUAUACAUCACCCACAAUUCAAAAGGAGAUUUUGCAUAUUCUUGCUAAUAAUGUGCGAAAUGCUAUUCGUGAAGAAAUUGGAGAUGCAAAAUUCUGCAUUCUUGUUGAUGAAGCUCGGGAUGAGUCGAAGAGAGAGCAAAUGGCCAUCAUUUUGAGAUUUGUUGAUAAAGAAGGUUUUAUUAAAGAGCGUUUUUUUUAUGUUGUGUAUGUUAGAGACACUACUGCAUUGACUUUAAAGAAUGAGAUAUGUGCUGUCCUUUCUCGUUAUAACCUCCACAUUGAAAAUAUUCGAGGUCAAGGAUAUGAUGGGGCUAGUAACAUGCGUGGUGAAUGGAAUGGAUUACAAGCUCUUUUUCUUAAAGAUUGUCCAUAUGCUUAUUAUGUACAUUGUAUGGCUCAUAGGUUGCAAUUAGCUCUAGUUACAGCAUCUAGAGAAGUAAAAGAUGUUCAUCAAUUCUUUGAUCAUUUGGUCAAUAUUAUCAAUAUUGUUGUUGGUUCUAGUAAGCGUAGUGAUGAAUUGCAACAUGCUCAAGCAGAACAAGUUGAGAAUAUGAUUGCUUUUAAUGAAAUUGAGACUGGAAGAGGUGCAAAUCAGAUUGGUACUUUGCAACGAGCUGGAGAUACUAGGUGGGGAUCUCAUUUUCAAUCUAUUUGUAGUUUGAUUAAAAUGUUUGAUGCUACUUGCAAAGUUAUCAACACUAUUUCUGAGGAAGGAGCUAAUUAUAAACAACGCGGUGAUGCCGAGGGAGCUUAUCAGGUAUUAACAUCAUUUGAAUUUAUUUUAAUCUUGCAUUUGAUGAAAGAGAUAAUGGGAAUUACUAAUGUUCUUUGUCAAGCUUUGCAACAACAAUCUCAAGACCUUUUAAAUGCCAUGCAUUUAGUUUCAACUACAAAAUCACUUAUUCAAAAGUUGAGAGAUGAUGGAUGGGAGCCUUUACUUGCUAGUGUUAUAUCAUUUUGUGAGCAACAUGAAAUUGAUAUUCCUGAUAUGAAUGCUCGUUACACUAAAGGUCGAGGUAGAUAUCGUCGUCAAGAUGACAAUUUAACAAUGGAACAUCAUUUUAGAAUUGGCAUAUUUACAGUUGCAAUAGACUUUCAAUUGCAAGAAUUGAAAAGUAGAUUUUGUGAGCUAACAACGGAACUUGUCAUUCUUAGUUCAGCUUUAAAUCCCAAGGAUGCUUUUAGAUUAUUCAAGAUUGUUGAUAUAUGCAAUUUGGUUAAGAAAUAUUAUCCUCAAGAUUUCACUGAACAUGAACAAGAACUUUUGGAGUCUCAAUUGUGA